AAAUGGUGAAAAAAUCCUUUAUGAUGGUUCUUUAAUUGAAUUAAGGCCUCUAGACAAACUUCGCUUUGGAAAUGGGCCUGAAUCUGUUGAAUAUACUUUUACAAUGCCAAAAAUAAGCGAUAAGGGAGGAGAGAAAAGGCAAAAAUGCAAACGUUCUAGUAGCAGCAUUGGGUAUUCUUCUGAAAAGAAAAAAACUUUGGCAGACCAAAACCAUUUUUCGUUGCCAAUUGUUGGGAAACAUAUUCAACCAAAACCGUAUGUUGAUAGAUUUGCUCGUCCUGUUCAAAGCAACGUUAGGCUAUGCCAGCUACAACAACAACAAAAGUUAAAUAAAAACAAACAAAUACAAAAUGGGACAACAACAUUACGCCGUAGUGCAUCUACUUCAAGAAUAAUUUCAAUUAAUAGCAGAAAUAGUAACAGUACAGAAGGUGAAAAUGAUACUGACAGGAAAGUCAUUGAAGCAACACCAGAAAGAGAAAAUAAACGAAAAGUAGAACAGAAUUUACGAGAGAAUCAAUCUGAAAAACAAGAAAAUGAAAUACUACAGAAGAAUUUAAUAAAAGAAGCAUUAAAUCAAGAAAAUAUCAAAAAUACAAUUGAUGAUGAAGAAGAGGAAGAAAUAAAUUCAGAAAAUAAUACAAUUAAAAAUAAUCGAUUUGAGGAUUCAGAAAAUUCAUUUCAAGAGGCAUUAGCUAGAGCACAUGAAGAAAAUGAAAGGCUUAGAGAAGAAUUACUCAAAAACGAUUUUGCUAAUAACAAAAAGAAAGGAAAGAAAAAAGUUUUUUCUUCCGUAAAUGAAAUUGUGUUUGAAACUUUUUUUAAAGUUUGUAAUGAAGAAAUGGAAAUUUUAAAUAGAAGACUUGUAAAUAUGUCUGUACGAGACUAUUCUGAUAUAUUUGCAGAAAUAAAUAAAAUAUUGCACGAACCUUUUAGUUUUCGAUUAAUGGAGAUUAAUAGUAAAUGUUCCGUUUUGUUUGAAUCAUUAAAAUUAGAAUCUACAGAAAAAGAAGAAUUGUAUAUUCAACUUGAUCGUUUUCUCAAGGAAAAGAUUUAUCCAAUUUCAAAAGCUGUUGACUCCUUUUUGGGAACAUUGAGGGAAAGUGCUCUUAUUGCUAAAGAAUCUGCACGUGCUUGCACUGUGUUUUCACAAUGGAGUAGAGAAUUUGGAGAUCAACUUCAAUUGCAUCCAGAUUGGAAUUUAAUGAUUUAUAAAAUUAGAGAUUUACAGAAUAGAGAGCAGGGUCUUCCAAGGCAUUGGUUACCUCCUUCGUUAAUGCCUUUACUCGAAGUUCUUAUAUUUGAAAGAAAAAAUUGGGCUGAUGAAGGGCAGAAAAAAGAGCAUGAAUUGACUGAAUCAUUAAAAGAAGCUAACGAAAAAAUUAAAAGAUUAGAGGCAGAAUUGGAGAAAAGAAGUUUAAAUGGUCCACAAAAUUUAGCAGAUCCUCUACAAAAAAUAAAUAGAAUAAUUCAAAAAGAUUCAAAAGAGCGUGCUAAUUCUAUUCCACUUAUUCUAUUACCUGUUUCGAAUGAUUCAUCAUCUCCUACAAGAAAUAGCGACGAGUUCGACUUACCUCUAGGACAACGAAGUCCUCGAGGAGAAAAAAAACAACAAUCGCCAAGGAGCCCCCGAAAGCCUCUCAUCAGUCCUCGAACCCCUAGAAGUGCUCGAAGUUCGCGUGGAUCAUUUAAAUUGGCAUCUGGUGCUUCAGAAGAAUAUGAAUCAUCACAGCAACAUUCCCCCCAUCAAGAAGCACAUGUAGAUUCACCACAUACACCGCCGCCUUCCUAUCGUGUUCGAUCAGUUUUGGGCGCUAGACCUUUGCCAGCUCUUGAAUUAAGAGCCUUAGUGGAAGCUGCUAAAGUUGCAAAAGAGAAUCAGGAUAACGAAGAUGAACUUCCUUGGGGUGAUAAAAUACCCGAACCAUUAGAGGAAGAAGAGAAAAAAUCUGAGAGGAAUAUGGAAGAAACAGUUGAUGAGGAUGAUAUAGAAAAUCAAGAAGUUACGCAAAUAGACUUGUCAGUACCAGUCGAAGAAACUCCCAAUGGUGAGAAUGAAAUGAUGGAAAUACCCAGAGAAAGCCCAAAUAAAAAUACAGAAAAUGGUGAUGACCAUAACGAAAUGUUUGAAAAUGAAAAUGGAACCCUUUUGGAAUCUGAUAAGUCAACUUUUUUGAGAGAUUCUACUAAAAUAUUGUCAGAAAAUGAUGACUUGGAAAAUAAAAGUGACGAACAUAAUGAUCAAGAAGAAUUUGAAAAAAUUGAAAAAGAAAUACUAUUCCAAACAAAAGAUGAAAACAAUAUUUUAAAUAAAACAAAGCAAGAUAAUAAAAAGGAAUCUUCAGUUUUAAUUCCAUCAAAAGCUACUCGUUAUAAAACUUUUGAGUUUUGGGGAUUUGCUCACAGUCUGGCUAAUAUUUUAAAUAUGGAACUACCAACACGAGAGGCAAUCAAUUAUCAAUUUUAUAAUUCAUUAUCGAGGCCUCAAAGUGCCGACGAAUUUGAUGCUCGUCUGAAAGCCGUUGAUUCUAUACAAGAAAAGCUUAAAUUAGUGAUGAACGAAGUAAAAAAAGUUCACAAUGAAAAUGGGACAAAUUAA